AUGAUAGAUAUGUCGAUUGUAUACUCAUUUGAAUGCCUUAUAUCCAUUCAAUAAUCAGAUAAUUCCUCAUUUUAAGCUAGAUUGCAGUUUAAUUCAAAUAAAAUAAAUCUGCUUUUGAAUUCUUAAUGUUAUGAAAUAGAUAUAUCUUAUAAACUAGCAGUUAAAUGGAUAUGUUAAGAUAACAAAUUGAUUUCAAUGCUUGUUUAAUAAUUUUCUAUUGAAGCUGAUAGCUAAGAUCUCCUUAUGCUCAAGAAAUACUUAGAUUGUAAAGUAACAUAUGUUGGUAUUCGAGAAAUCUAUGAUAAUGUUAUUUUAAUAUAAUAAAAAGGGAUAGCAAAAGUAAUUAAUGAUUUUAAUACUAGACAUGCACACUUAAAAGCAAAAUAGAUGAGAAAACUUAUUUGUGUAAAUGCUAUAAAAAAUAAGAAUUUGAGAAUUUGAGAAUAUAUGAGUAAUUGGUAAUUUUACGUAAAUUGAGUGGAUUCAAGAAUGUUGCUCAAAUGAUUGAUUUCUUUGAAUCUUCGAAUUCUUAUUAUAUUAUUUUUGAAGAGAUGAGUAGGAUUCAUUAUCAUAAUUUAAGUCAUGAUGAUAUAUAAUCAAUGAUGUUUGUAUAUUAAUUUAAUAUUAGGAUAUUUUAUGCAGUGUAAAAGUUUUAAUUUCCAAUAAUAUUUACCAUUCUUAAAUAAAUUUAUCUAACAUAUUAAUGGAUAAGGAUAUGAAUUGCAAAUUUAUAGGUUUUGAAAAUGCAUAAUUAUUAAAUAAAGAGAAUGGUCUUUUGAAUUCUUUGAUGUUGAAAAUGGCAGGCAAUGUAAUGAUGAAAUUGUAUGAAUAAUAUACUUAAUUAGAUAUUAAUAUAAUUUUGCAAAUAAAGAUUUAAUAUGUAUUCCUGAUAAUGGCAAUUCUCUCAUAUAAGGAUUAUUGGAAAUAAAGCAGAAUCAACAACUAAAUAUAGAUUAAGCAUUAAGGCAUGAAUAUUUUGAAUAUUUUGAUAACAAUUCAGGUCCCAUGAUUUAACAAUAGAUUAUACCGAAAUUGAAGUCAUGUAUAUCUUAAUAAUCUCUUUUAUCACCAAUAAAUAGUAACAUUUGA